AGCUCGACUGUAGAUCUAUAAAAACAUCACUACCGCAAAGUAGUUGAACUCGUUAGCCAAGCCAAGCUAAUAUAUAAAGUGACAACCUUUACAUUAUGGAUGUAUUACGCCCCCCGCUGAUAAAUAUACAAGGGAGAAUAUACCGAAAGAAUAUCACUAAAGAUGAGCAAUAUGAAGAAGAAGAGGAUAUUUCCUAUGUAGGACCGCCAGAAAAUGAGGAGUUUGACACAGAGGAACCGUGCGACACACACUUCAUUGAACAGACCGAGAGAGGCUUCCAGUGUGCCGUUGAUGUGCCAAGUGUUCUAUACAAAUACAUCAUCGGGAAAAAAGGAGAAACGCGGAAACGCCUGGAGACGGACACAAAGACGUCCAUCAGCAUUCCCAAACAAGGACUGGAAGGACCGAUUGUCAUCACAGGGUCACACCAAGCUGCAGUCUCGUCGGCCGUCACAAGAAUUGAAAUCCUCGUUGACAAUUUCCGGAAGAAGCAACCGUUUACGCAUUUCCUUUCGUUCCCGCUCAACGAUCCCAAAAUCCAAGAUGGUUUUCUGAGUUUUAAAGAUGGUAUCUUGGAGCAGUGUUCGCAGGAUCACGGAGUAGAUGGAAGCAUUUUUCAGAACCCUGCAAAGCUGCACCUGACGGUCGGUACUCUCACGCUGUUGGAUGACACGGAAGUGAGGAAAGCAUGCCAGCACCUUCAGGAGUGUCGCACUUUUAUCAGUGACAUCACAGGAAGUAAGCCUCUGCCUUUAGAGGUCAGGGGCAUCGAGUAUAUGAACGACGACCCGGCCAUGGUGGACGUCCUGUACGCCAAAGUCAACAUCAAAGACGGCUCUGAUAAUUUGCAGGUUAUCGCGGAUCGCUUGGUGGAGUAUUUUGUCUCCACGGGGCUGAUGACAAGACAAUGGGACCGGGUCAAGCUGCACGGCACGGUGAUGAACACCCUGUUCAGGAAGGACUCCACAGGGGAUGAGGCCAGCGGGCAGGGAAGACAAGCCGCGAAUGAACGAGAGGCUUUUGACGCCAGGAACAUCUUAAAGAUAUUUGCAGCACAUCAUUUUGGAGAGUUGGAGCUAAACACAGUGUGUCUCUCGCAAAGAUACUCAACCGACUGCACGGGCUACUACGCCUCUGCAGGAAGCAUCCAGUUCUCCUGAGAGUGGCGAGGCAGCGGCAGUCUCGCAUGAGUAUCCUCCACCAUCAGCAUCAGCAGCGCCGACACAGCAUCACCAUGGUGGCGACUCGGAGCUCCCACGCGGCCGCCUGCCUUUGCCUGCUGCUCGCCGCCUUCUCCCUGCGGC